UGGGCACAGAACGACUGUGGCUGCAACGCUUGCUUUGGUUCCAGCCAGCCAGGCAGGCGUCGGUUAUUCCGCCACAAAGGGCUCCGUGUGUGAGUCAAGAGCCCCGACGGGAUUUUCCUCACCAUAGUGGCGAAACGCUCGUCAGCUCGGGGAGCGCAGAUUGUUCAGCCGCACAGUGUGAAACUGACCCCCUGGAACAAUCCUGGGGACAGCUGAAGCGGCCAGCAUGAGUUGUCCUAUCAGGACCGCCGGCAGGCGAAGCGGAAGAGCGUCACUCGCCAUCUUUCUUCCUGGUGCCUCCAUAGUUGCGGCCCGGUGGUGUCAGUUUAUGGAGUGGCAAGCUGUUCAGCCUCGGGGUUUUUGUAUGACCUCCAAACCUAGGAACAGAGUCAGGUGGCAGCAGUCCAGGGAUUCCGACGCAAAAAAGUGGCGAUCCGGUGCAACCAGUUUGAUCAGGAGCGCCGGAGAACCGGGCGGAAAUUCUUCAUCCGCCCUCUUUCUCCCUGGCAACUCUCCUUCCUUGCAAGGCUGUCCGGUCAACUGAGGGAGUCCCGGGUCGCUGGACCACAGCGGCUCCACGGCCCCUGAACCUAGGAGCUGCGUGAGGCCGCAGGAGGCCCCGAGCGCAGCCAUGGAGUCUUUAUCCUUUGAGGAUGUGGCUGUGAAUUUCACUUCAGAGGAGUGGGCUUUACUGAAUUCUUUCCAAAAGAGGUUGCACAGAGAUGUGAUGCAGGAAACCUUCAGGAACCUGGCUGCCAUAGCAAAAAAACAAGAAGACAAGACCCUUGAAGAUGACUAUGAAAGUUUAAGGAAAAUUCUUCCCAUUUCAGUUCAGACUGGAUACAAACUGUGUGAGAAUCAAGAAUAUGCAGAGAAACCAGCCAUAUAUAAGGAAUGUGAGAAAGUCUUUAGUUCUCCUCAGUGCUUUCUGGAACUCAGAAAGACUCAUGUGGAAGAUAAAACUUAUGAAUGUAAGCAAACUGAGGAAGGUUUUAGUAGACACAGUAAUGUUCAGGUCCCUGAAAGAAUGCAUGCUACAGAAAAUCCUUGUGUUUUAAAGCAGAGUGGAAAAGACUUUUUGACUCUUGCUGAUAUUCAACAGCACAUAACACAUAAUGGACAUGGGCCAUAUAUAUGUAAAGUAUGUGGUAAAGCCUUUCACUCUUCCAGUUCUUUCUUGACACACGAAAAGACACAUAGUGGAGACCAGCUUUAUACGUGUAAGCAAUGUGGCAAAACCUUCACUUAUUCCAGUGGCCUUCGCCGCCAUGAAAGGACUCAUAGUGGAGAGAAACCCUAUGAAUGCAAACAAUUUCUGAAAGUCUUUCCUUCUUUGAGUAAGGUUGAAAGUCAUGAACAAACUAACGAUGGAAUAAAAUACAUAUGUAAUCAAUGUGGGAUAGCCUUCAGUGAUCACAAUUCCCUUCAAUGCCAUGAAAAGAUUCACAGUUUAGAGAAACCCUAUAUAUACAAGCAAUGUGGAAAAGCGUUCACUUGUUCUAGUGCCUUGCGAAGACAUGAGCGAAUUCAUACUGGAGUGAAACCCUAUGAAUGUAAGGUAUGUGGGAAAGCCUUCAUUGAUUGCAGUUCUCUUCAAUGUCAUGAAAGGAUUCAUAGUGGAGAGAAACCUUAUGUAUGUAAGCUAUGUGGCAAAGCAUUCAGUCGUCAAGGUUCUCUUAAAUGCCAUGAAAGGAUUCAUAGUGGAGAGAAGCCCUAUGCAUGCAAGCAAUGUGGGAAAAACUUCAUGCAUCACAAUGCUCUUAGAUACCAUGAACAGAUUCACAGUGGAGAGAAAUCCUAUAGGUGUAAGCAAUGUGGGAAAGCCUUUGUGUUGAGCAGUGCAUUGAAAAAACAUGAACGAAUUCACAGCGGAUUGAAACCUUGUUUGUGCAGGGUGUGUGGAAAAGCCUUCACAUUUCAUAGUUCCCUUCAUUGCCAUGAAAGGACUCACACCGGAGAGAAACCCUAUGUAUGCAAACAGUGUGGAAAAGCCUUUAUGUAUCAUAGUUCUCUUCGUUGCCAUGAAAAUAUUCACAGUGCAGAGAAACCCUAUGUAUGUAAGUUAUGUGGGACAGCAUUCACUUAUCAUAGUUCUCUUCAACGCCAUGAAAGAAUCCACAGGGGAGAGAAACCAUAUGUAUGUAAGUUCUGUGGGAAAGCCUUCACUGAUCACAGUUCCCUUCGAUGCCAUGAAAGAAUUCACACUGGAGAGAAACCCUAUGUAUGUAAACAAUGUGGGAAAUCCUACAGUACUCAUGGUUCUCUUCGAUACCAUGAAAAGAUGCACUGCGUGUAAACUACAUUAGAAGACCUUCUCUUUGAAUAAGUUUUAAUCUCAUUAACAACAACCAAAAUAAAGUGCAAA